AUGACAGUUUCUACAACUGAUACCAAUAAUAACCUCUUCAAGCCGCUGAAAGUCGGCCAAGUCACGCUUAACCAGCGUAUUGCAAUGGCCCCGUUGACCCGGGUACGUGCACAAGUCGAAGGUGCAGUGCCAACAGAUCUUAUGACGACAUACUACGAACAACGCGCGUCAAGCCCCGGGACACUGCUCAUCACCGAGGCCACAUUCAUCACAGAACGCGCAGGCGGGUACCAAGGAGUGCCCGGGAUCUGGUCUAAGGAGCAGAUUGAUGGGUGGGCUAAAGUUGCAGCGGCCAUUCAUGCCAAAGGUUCUUUCGGGUACGUGCAGCUGUGGGCUUUGGGCAGAACCGCAGGACCAGAGUACCUACAAUCGCGUGGCUACGAUCUGGUUUCAUCGUCAAACGUCGCACGGCCACUGGGUCCUAAGAAUAAAUUGAUUGGCACCGAUACAGUUGGAACCGUUCCUCGGCCAUUGACGGUAGAUGAAAUUCACGAGUACGUGCGUGACUAUGCGCAAGCAGCCAAAAACUCAAUUGAAGCAGGGUUUGAUGGGGUUGAGAUCCAUGCAGCCAAUGGGUUUUUACCGCAUCAGUUUUUACACGAAAACAUAAACAAACGCACGGAUGAGUACGGCGGGAGUGUUGAGAACCGGGCUCGGUUUACUCUUGAAAUUGUAGACGCAGUUUCAGCCGCAAUUGGUGCGAGUCGGGUGGGCAUCAGGUUUUCACCGUAUUACGUUGGUAGUGACCUUGGGGCCGGUCCUGGGACGUUGGAGUUGUAUGCAUACUUGCUUAAAGAGUUGGAGGAACGCGGUCUUGCUGAUGAAGCCAAUAAGCGGUUGGCAUAUAUUCACACGGUAGAAGGUGCAAUUGAAGUGCAUAAUUCAAUAGGAAACCCCAUUUUGAGACGCCCAUUGGAAUUUGUGCGCAAUGUCUGGACAGGUGGGUGGAUCAGAGCGCAAAGAUUUGACAGAAAGUUGGCGCUUGAGAUUGCGGAUGUCGAUGACAAGGUGGUGAUUGCAUUUGGGAAACCCUUUAUUUCAAAUCCAGACUUGGUUCGUCGGAUUAAAGAAAACUUGCCAUGGGCAGAGCCAGACUAUGAGACGUUUUACGUGCCAGGAGCCAAAGGAUAUACCGAUUACCCUUUUUAUAGCUGA